CGUGCAAAAGAAGUGGAGUUUCUGUUACAGAUUUUAACGUUAUGCUUGCUGCAGAAUAUUUGGAUGUUUGCUUAAUUUUAGGAUCAGAAUAAGUUGUUGCAUAAUAUUAGGAUUAAUUGCAUUUGUAUUUGCAUUUUAGUAGGACAAGGGAAUUUGUUUAUCAAGUGUUUGGGGGGGUAACGGCUAUUGGAGCUGGUGUUUGAGUUUUAUUAGGAUAGUUUGUUCCUAAAAAGCAGGGCUUAUCUUGUAUAAAAGGAGCAGUAGUUUAUUUGAAUAAAAUCAUCAGAUAAGAAUUAUUUAUGCAGAAUAAUCUGUAGAGGUCAAGGAUUCCUCAAUCAAUCCUAAUUUUCUUUUUAGUGUUUAUCCAAUAUCUAUUAAUUAUCAAAAUAGGUAAAGGUCAAGUCUUGUACGUACCAAAGUGGUAUCAGAGCCUGGGGAUGGAUCAACGUGUGGAGCAACUUGAACAAAAUGUCACUUCACUCCUCACCAAUCAACAACAAAUGCUUGAAAAGGUAACUGAGCUUUUUACAAAGCUUAGUUCCUUUAAUUCACACCGUGAGGAAGGAGAGAGCUCCCAUGGCCAACCACGUGGAUCACACAACCAAUGGGGAAAUCGUGGUUCACAACAAGGCAGAACCAACCAAUCUUACGCCCCUCGCUUGGUGAAACUCGACUUUCCAAGAUUCAAUGGGAGUGAAGACCCCACCAGUUGGAUUUGCCGUGCUGAACAAUUCUUCCGUUUCCAAGAGACGCCACUAGAAGACCAGGUUGCACUUGCCUCUUUCCAUUUAGAAGGGGAAGCUCAACUCUGGUACCAACUUCUCCAACAGGGAACAGAGUUUGUGACGUGGGAAGUAUUCAAAGCUGGCCUUUUGGCUCGUUAUGGACCAACCCAGUUCCAUGACUUUUUUGGAGAGCUGACCAAAUUGCAACAAACGGGAUCAGUAAGAGAAUAUCAAUCCCGAUUUGAACAACUUCUUGCCAAGGUGGGUCACUUGACACCUACUCGUCAAGUUAGUUGUUUUGUCAGUGGAUUAAAGGAGAACAUCAAGGCAGAUGUCUUGGCUGGACGUCCUACUGACUUAACCACAGCCAUCGGACUUGCUAGGUUGUUUGAGGCACGAAAUGCUUCUCAAAGAAAAAUAAUUCAGCCAAACACUACCAGCAGCCAAGUAACAACUCCAGUGGGGACAGAUCAACCCGAUUCACGCACUCCAUCAACGGUACGACGAAUGUCACAAGCAGAGCUCAAGGAGAGAAGGGAGAAGGGUUUAUGUUACAAUUGUAAUGAGAAGUUUGUACCAGGUCAUCGGUGUAAAAAGCUUUUCCUAAUAGAAGCUUGCAAUGAAGAGGUUGAUGGAGAUGUAGUCAUGGAUGUGGAGUCCUUUGGGAAAGCUGACAACUCAGAAAUUUCGCUGCAUGUUAUAAGCGGAAUUAAUAGCUCCAAGACCAUGAGAGUUCAAGGGCAGAUUGGCAACACAUUUCCCAUUGUGCUUCUUGAUUCCGGAAGCACCCAUAACUUCAUUAGUGAAUGCUUGGCAAUAAAGCUCAUGCUACAAUCAGAUUUGGGACAGCAUGUUAAGGUGAAAUUAGCGUCAGGAGAGAAGCUGGUCAGCCGAGGAAAGUGUACUGGAGUCUCAAUCAAACUCGGCAAUUUCUUUACUAAGGCUGAUUUUUACGUCCUACCCCUUGAAGGGUAUGAGGUGGUAAUGGGGACACAAUGGUUAUGCACCCUUGGGGAGAUAAUAUGGGAUUUUUCCAAAUUAAUCAUGAGGUUUGUAUGCGAUGGAAGGGAAAUCACAUUGCAAGGGGUGUCUGUUGAUUCCAAAAAAAUUUCAGCCAUGCUCAAUUGGUCACAACCUCGAACUUCCAAAACCAUGAGAAGCUUGCAUGGAUUAACAAGGUACUGUCACAAAAUUAUUAAAGGUUACAAUAAGAUUGCAGCACCUCUAACCCAGAUGCUAAGGAAGAGUUUAUUUAGUUGUAUCCUUGUGGCUAAGUCAAUCUCUCAGCAGCUGAAGGAGGCCAUGACCACAGCACUAGUGUGGGCCUUUCCAAAUUUCAACCAAGUUUUUGUCAUUGAAUGUGAUACCUCAAGAUCAAGAAUAGUAGCAGUCUUGCGACAAAAGCAACUAAUUGCUUCUCACAGCCACACUCUUCAUGGGAAAAAGUUGCUGCUCUCAACUUAUGAAAAGGAGAUGUUGGCACUUAUCAUGGCAGUACAAAAGUGGCGUCACUACCUCCUAGGGAGAAGAUUCAUAGUGAGAAUGAACCAUAGAAGUUUAAUCAAGAUGGAUCCUAAUUGGUUUCCGGAGAGGUGGCUCUACAAAUUGAUUGGUUUUGAUUUCACUAUACAGUACAAGCUUGCUCCACAAUCCUAUGGUCCAUUUCAGAUCCUCCAAGGCAUUGGUAAGGUUGCCUACAAAUUAAAUCUUCCAGGCAAGUCUUGCAUUCAUCCAGUGUUUCAUGCUUCCUUGCUUAAAGGUAAGUUAGGGGCCAAUGUCUUAGCUCAAUCACAGCUACCUGUGGUCCUUAAUAGUCAAGCAGUUUUGGAUCAAAGGCAGCAGCGUGGCAAGACUGAAAUUUCAGUGAAUUGGCAAGGCCUAUCACCGGCAGAUGCUACUAAGGAGGACUUACAGAAGCUUGAAGCAUCAAUUUCCAGAUCUUGCCCUUGAGGACAAGGGCCCUUGUUAAGGGGGGAAGAGUUGUUACGUGCAAAAGAAGUGGAGUUUCUGUUACAGAUUUUAACGUUAUGCUUGCUGCAGAAUAUUUGGAUGUUUGCUUAAUUUUAGGAUCAGAAUAAGUUGUUGCAUAAUAUUAGGAUUAAUUGCA